AUGAACAUCUUCUUCCGAUUCCUUGUCGGCCUGUUCCUCGCCGCCACGGUUCUUGCGAGCGUGGUCCCUGUCCAUGAGGGUAACGCUCUCCUCACUCGAGAUGUUCCUCUCAACACUACCGACCCAUACAUCCUUACCGACGGGAAGGCGCCACCGGAUCCUUCAGAGGUGUGGCGCGACUACAGCACCGUGCAGACCUGGAUCGGCGGCCAGAAAUUCAUUGCCGUUGGAACGACCAUCGGCUCUGAGCUGUACGAUAUAAUCUGGCGGCUACUUGACAAGGAGUGCCCCAACAACUUGGCUGAGAACCGCUGCGACUCUAAGCGGGGAAACAUGUGCUGGGCUACUCAGUCUCUGCGCCAGAGCUAUCCCAAGGGUAGCUGGGGUGGCUUCACCUGCAUCAAGGCCAUUCAAGGCGAGUGGCAGAACGGUCCCAAGCGCAACCUGCUCAUCGGCGCUGUUGCCGGCACUCUCGAGGCUCUAACCAAGCCUGAGCCGACGGAUGGACCUACGAGUAACUGCUUUGACGUCGAUGGCAAGAAGGGUUGCAACGUCGGCAACCCGAUCCGCCCACGUCAGGUGAACUUCCCCCCCUACGACGGCAAGCCCAACUUCAUGCACAUCGAUCUCAAGGAUACGUACGACGGCGCCAUGAAGUGGGAUUGCUGUAGCAAUUUUCACCGCGCGAAUGUCGAUGCGGCGAUCGAUGGCUUGAGCGGUGAGAUUGCGGCGAACUUCAAGGCUUGGGACUUCUCGCGUCAGACCAAGUGCUCGUUGAUACCGGGCAACGAUUGCUCAUAG